UCAUAUUUAUCUUCAUGUAUCGUUCUGUAUGGAUAACGGUCACUUAGUAUAGCAUUAUCAACAAAACACAUUUAAAAAAAUAUUAACGCGUUUAAUGUAUGUUUAAAGUCUUAACUUGCCGUUGUAUGCACCUGCACAUGAUUGUGUAAAUGUGUUAUUGCGUUUAGCAUCUUGUAGGGAUAUUAAUUCGUUUCGUUUAAAGCACAAAAUGCUUCAAAGAAUAUCUGUUAUGUUGGGAUUAAUCAUGUUUAUAUGUGCUGAACAAUUUGCCUGUGUAUGUGAAAUAUAUGAAAACUGCUUUCAUACUUGCAACGAAACAGGGAAUAACAUCGCAGAUGUAUGUCAUAUGCCGAGUUUAAAGUCAUGCAUUUACAACAAAUGUUAUUUAAAAGAAGGCAGAUGUUUGGUUGGCCAUCUAGGUGGUACCUGUUACGAAUCUACAUGUUGGUUUGACUCGAAAGGUAAUUGUGUUUCAUGUAACAACAAAGGGAACCCGAAAUCUCUGUGUUUGAGUGAGAUUACGUCUCAGGAUAAUUCAUAUAAUUAUAAAAAUGUUGGAUUGCAAAGAAAUCAACUGACAGGACAAACACGUAUGUGUAGCAAAAACUGUGCUAAUGUCAAUUCUACUGAAAAGUCAUUACCAAGUACAUGUGAGAUUGACAAACUUGCUGAUUGUUUUCUAUGCCCUAAAUUGUGUAAAGAAGAGAAAUGCAAAAUUAUAAUUAAUACCAGAUAUUUGUGCACGGAGGGAUGCGCUGAGGGUUGGUCGGGUAUAUAUUGUGAUGAUAAAUGCCUAAAUGGAAACUGUUUAUCGUGUUCACAGGAAAAUCCUUUCCAGUGUGUUACAUGUAAAUUGGGUUAUUAUAUGUACAAACCUGGAAUAUGUAAAAGGUGUAGUUUACUAUGCCCGGAUGACCAAUGCAAUAAUGUAACAGGACGAUGUAUUUACAAAUGCAAAAGAGGAAUAUUUGGAGAAUACUGCAAUACAACGUGUAACUCCAAUUGUUUAACAAGGUCAGAUAACUCUAUAUGCGACCCCGUUAAUGGGUCAUGUGUGGAGGGAUGUAAUCACGGUUACUUCGGAUCCAGUUGUAAUAAAGACUGCUCCGAGUUCGUUAGAUUUUGCCGGAAAUGCACAGCAAUCCUUGAUGAAACAGUUUUCGAAAAGUGUUUGGAGUGCAAUGUAGGUUUGUUUUACAAUGAAACAUUGAACGCGUGUAUUCCUUGUCCAUCGACGUGCUCAGGAACUGAAUGUGCCAACGACGAAUCUGGGCGUUGUUUAAAAGGAUGUACUAGGGGGUAUUUUGGUCGUCAGUGCUUGCAAAUAUGCAGCGAAAAGGUCGCUAACUGCACAGAAUGUAAAUCAAACAAAACACAUUGGUUUUGUUCAGAAUGCAAAAGUGGAACAUACCUUAAUGGAAAUGGAUCAGAAUGCAUUCCGUGUCCUUCAAAUUGUCGUUUGGGACAAUGUAAUAGAAAUGGCCUUUGUUAUUGCUGUGAAGACGGAUACAAUGGAGUAUGGUGCUCUGACAUCGACCAUUCAAGCAUUGGUAUGGUAGCUAUGGGUGCAGUUUUGGGAUUUAUCGUCAUCAUAUCCUUGUCAGUUGUCGGAUAUUUACUUAGACGGAGGAUGUCAGUUCCUGUCCAGAUGCCCAGUUUUAGUACUCAAAACAGCCAUGUAUACUAUGAUAUUCAUGAGGAAAAUGAAACGUCCUUUAUGCAGACAGAUGUGAUCUCUAACGGCGUUUAUUCGUACGCCUAUAAUCGGGAACACUUCCAUGAUGAUGACUUCGGUGAGAUAGUGGGGCAAUAUUAUUUGACGCUCAUUUCUGACGGCACGAGCUCGACUCAAACUGAUUUGGAACACCUUUAAAGAAACUAAAUACAAAGAUUUUCAUCUGCUAACUCUUAUUGCAUUUCUAAAGAAGAGCCCCAUCUGAUUGGAAAGUGUUUUCUGAACAUACGAUUGAAGAAUAGAGCAGCAUUGUAACUAAGAGUGAGUUUUGAAUUCAUCAGCAUUUUUUUUUGAAAAUUUGAUACUGUAGGUGAUGAUAGGAGUUUAUUUUAACGCUGUUAUGAGCGUUUCGCAAAUAAACCUUGAUUGUUUUUACAAUAUAUUUUGUAGUCUACAUGCAAAGAACAUGCAAUACAAAUAAACCAAAAACUUAAUAUAUGAUUUCAAAACAAAUUCUGUAAAAACAUGUAUGAAUGACUGUCAACAAUGAGUCUCAAACACUAGACAACAACAACACGGGGAAGGUCUCGAAAUGUCAGACGACACGGUCAGAUAGUUCAUUUAAUUAACAAGCAUUAAAUUAAAUUAAAAUCAGACUUUAUUUACGUAACAUGCUUAGUUUGAUAGAAAAAAUCACCAAAUAUAAUAACAGCUAACAUAGAAAUGACCGCGGUGGACAACAAUUUCUUGUUCACGACUUCUUUAUCAGACUCUUUAUGAAAAAGAGGCUGCAAAAAUGGUCCCAUUCUGCAAUAGUAAACAUUUUACGCACAAUAGUGUACAUUUUUUA